UUUGAGAUUCAUUUUCCAACUUCGUAGAGAGAGAAGCGCGAACGUUGAGAGGGAGACUGUGACCUAGAGAGAGUUGGAGAAAGGGAGUUCGAGAGAGAGAGGUCCGACGGAGUGUCGCCGGACAACGUUGAAGGCCGUGUCGGAGCUAGUCAACCCCUCCAGCUGGUUCCGAUUCACGGCCGCCGCAGCUCCGACGUUGGCCAACGAAGCGAAGACGACAUCGUCUUCUGUCCGAUCCGGCCCAGCGAACUAGGGGCACGUUCAAGGUCUCGCUUCGUCCCUGUGCCGGAGUGCCGCCGGAGCAUCGCCGGAGAAUCGCCGGAGUGUGGACUGUUCGGUGGACAAAAAAGAGGGGUUUUCCGGGUUGGAGAAAGAUGUCUCAGUCUCAUGAAAAAACUCUAAUACUAAUCCAAAAAAUGGUGAAAGUGCCCCCACCAAAAGCACUUUUGUUGUUCAAUUCCUCAACCUAUGAGGGCCUUCAUCACACUCCUCACUCUAUCUCUUUCAUCUUAAACCAUCUCCUAUCCCAUGAUGACAUGCUACCCCAAGCUCAAUCUCUUAUCUUGCGUCUAAUCUCUGGUCGAAUCCCCUUCUACACAUUCUCUCCCUCCUCCUUAAUACCUCAACUAACACAAGCCCAUUUCACCUCUUCUUCAACUUAUGCUCCUCUCUGUGAAACAAUUGUCAAUGCUUAUGUUCAUUCUCACUUCCUUGAUCAGGCCCUCACUUUUCUACACCAGAUGAUUCACAAGGGUCAUCUUCCUACAUCAAACACCUUCAACAAUCUUCUGUGCUUGCUCAUUAGGUCAAACUGUUUCGAUAAAGCUUGGUGGGUUUUUAACCAAUUCAAGAUUAAAGUUGUUAUGGAUGUCUACACAUUUGGGAUUAUGAUCAAGGGUUGUUGUGAGGUUGGUGACUUAAUGAAAGGGUUUCGGCUUGUGACCAUGUUGGAGGAGUUUGGUUUGUCUCCUAAUGUUGUUAUAUACACUACGUUGAUUGACGGGUGCUGCAAGAAUGGAGAUGUCAUGCUGGCGAAGAAGUUGUUUUGCAAGAUGGAUAGGUUGGGUGUAGUUGCUAAUCAACAUACUUAUAGUGUCUUAAUGAACGGGUUUUUCAAACAAGGACUUCAAAGGGAAGGGUUUCAAAUGUAUGAGAAUAUGAAGCAAAGUGGAAUAGUGCCAAAUGUUUAUUCCUAUAGCUGUGUGAUUGGAGAAUAUUGUAAUGGUGGGAUGGUGGAUAAAGCUUUUAAGGUGUUUGGUGAAAUGCGUGAGAAAGGUGUUAUGUGUGGGGUUAUGACAUAUAACAUUUUAAUAGGUGGGCUGUGUCGAGGGAAGAAGUUCGGUGAAGCAAUAAAGUUAGUUCAUCGAUUGAGCAAAGUUGGCCUCAGUCCUAACAUUGUUACAUACAAUAUACUGAUCAACGGUUUUUGUGGUGUUAGAAAAAUAGACACUGCUGCUAGAUUAUUCAGUCAAUUGAAGUCAAAUGGACUUUCACCAACUUUAGUAACCUAUAAUACUCUGAUUGCAGGGUAUUGUAAGGUUGAGAAUUUAACAGGAGCUCUUAGCUUGGUCAAGGAAAUGGAAGAGAGAUGUUUUGCUCCUUCCAAAGUGAGAUAUACCAUUCUGAUUGAUGCUUUUGCAAGACUAAAUCAUAUGGAAAAAGCACGCAAAAUGCAUGCUUUAAUGGAGAAGUCUGGUUUGGUUCCAGACGUACACACAUACAGUGUCUUAAUACAUGGGUUAUGUAAAACUGGUAACAUGAAAGAAGCCUCAAAACUAUUCAAAUCAUUGGGGGAGCUGCAUUUCGAACCAAACAAUGUUAUAUAUAACACGAUGAUUCAUGGUUACUGCAAAGAAGGAAGCUCUUACAGGGCUUUUAGGCUACUCAAUGAAAUGGUUCACAAUGGAAUGGUCCCUAAUGUGGCCAGUUUUUGCUCAACCAUAGGGCUUCUUUGCAAUGAUGGAAAGUGGAAGGAAGCAGAGUUUCUCUUAGAAAAGAUGAUAAAUUCAGGACUAAAGCCAACGGUUUCUUUAUACAAUAUGGUUUACAAAGAAAAGAUCAACGUUUAGAAUGUCGAACAUGGUUUAGAUCGUCAGGGCCUGUCCCCGAAGGCCACUACUUUAACUGGUGCACUUGAGAGAGCAAUUGGCUUCAAUAUGAGCUGGAUGAGAUGAUUGGCAAAAUUGGAGAAAGUGCAGCUGCUGUGAAGGCUUGCAAGCCUGCUGCCACGCUGGAUAACUGAAGUCAAAGCUGUCUAUUUGUAUUGUGCUUAGCUGUCAAGCUUACCUGGACAAGCGGUCAAAGAACUCUAAGAGGCAAAUUUAAGAAGCUGGCUGACUUGUUACCUGGAAAAACUGAAGCAGAAGCAUGCGUCAAAUCAGUGAGCAUAUAUGGUUCUCCUAGACGUUGCAGUGGCCAAGGUGAUAUCCUUUCUGGAAGGCAAGUCCUCUGUUUUUGUUUCAAAAUUCUCGUGUGCUAUAUUAUGUUUGGGUGGUUCUUCUCUGUGAGAUGGAAAUUUCUUUAUUUUCCGUAGUUGAUUUUUCUAGUGCCAAAUUUGCUGAUGAACUUUCAAGUAGAAUAUUGAUUUCCUGUUUAAAUGAAUAAAUCAUAUCCUCAUCUUUUUGGCUGGAACACAACUAUAUCUAAUACUUAAAAGUACUUCUGGAAGGAGAUUAUUUCGAUAAUGCUGUUUAGACAUUCUUCAUUAGUUCUUCUGAGAAUUGAAGUAAAGUGACUCAAUUACUGAUUGGCAGGAAGUAUUUACUUAUAUGCUGUUGGCUAAUCUUUUUAUUGAUGGGAAGAAAAUGGAAUGACAUUACUAUCCUCAUUACUUGAGUUUUUCAAAAUUAAGAUAAAAUAAAAUAAAACAUGGUAGAAUCCAUUCCAUCCGACGCUUCUGACCUCCCAAAUGUUUUUGGGGAUUAUGGAACCCACUUACACUUUAUUUAAUAUGAUUUAAAAUCUUUACUCCAGUCCUCGUUGGAUAUCGAGUGAUAUCUUUAACCCAUUUCUUGACAUCGUACUCCAUUGCAGACGUUUUUUUAGCUCCAUUGAUAUCAUUAAUUGUGCAGUUGGAACAUGAAGUUUUUUUUAUGCUUAUCUUAAGUAGUGCAGUGUGGCUGUCUUCUUAUCAUGGGCACGUCAACAUAUCUUGGCUGCUGAUUCAAACUCGAAUCUCAGUUGUAAAAAUCCAACAGUUGUGGGAUGCAUUGCUGGGUCUGCUAUAUUGAGGAAGGCUGCAUCACUUGCUUUUCUAAAGAAGAAAAGAUCCACAGUCACUGGUAACAUCAUUGAAUGCUUGGGACAAAGGUAGUGUAUUAUAGGACGAAAUUGUUUGUGGGAUUGUGACCAAAUAUUUUUUAAGCUUUUGCAUUCUUUGUUGCAGUUUGGAAGAUAUUUCUCCUGCCAGUUAAUUCACUCUAGAUGCUCACUGUUGGCAACCAAGUUUACUUAUCCUGCAAUAAUAUUUUCUUUCUUUGUUGAGUUUUCUUCUUUCUUGUCUUUAUUUCUCCCAUUUUGGUCUGCUUUUUUUAUUUUGAAUAUUUAAAACAUGUCUGCCUGUUUUGCAAUGAUAGCCAAAGUGUGUGGAACAGAGUUUGGCUAAAACUUAACGUUAAACGUGCACAUGUGAAACUUAA